AUGGGAGAUAUAAAGAAGGGGAGCAAUCAGGACUUCCGAAACCUCCAAGCUAAGUUCCAGGCCUCUAAGUCAGAGUCUGGAGAACUGUCCAGAAAAACCCCAAAGCCUGAGUUCAACAAACUCCUGAAGACAUUUCCACAGACUGAGUUAAGUGAUCAGCCCAUGUCUUCACAGUCUGAGUUCAGUGCAGUGUCCUUGAAAACUCCACAGCUGAAGUUUGUAAGCAAGAAGCCCCCACAGCCUGAGGUUCUCAGAAAGUUACCGCAGCCUGAGUUCACUAAUCUACCCAAGAAGCCCCUACAGGCUGAGCUCAAAGAUCUCCCAAGGAAGCCUCUACAUCCGGAAUUCACUGGUGUCAAGAAGCCCUCGAAGGCCGAGUUCACAGAUCUAAAGAAGCCCCCUCAGCCCCAGUUUGCCAGCCUCCCAAAGAAGCCCUCACAGCCUGAGCUCACUAAUCUCCCUAAACCUGAAAAGAAGUUCCCCAAACCUGACUUGAGCUCUCCACAGCUUGAGGCACCCCAAGAGCCUAGUGUACCUGCCCAGAAGCCCCUGAAGCCUGAGCUCAGCAAUCCUGCCAGGCCCCCAACAGAGCUCAAACCCAAGAUGUUUUGGCAGCCUGAGUCUAGUGAGGGCCCUCUGAAGCCCUUGCCAUCUGAUUUCAGUACCUUUCCCAAGAAACCACUGCAGCCUCAGACUGCUGCUUUCUCUAGGAAGUCCCUAACACAGCCAGAGUCCAGUGAAGUUCCUCAGACAUCCCCCUCCAAGCUUGGGUCCAAUGAGUUUUAUCCCCACUCCCCACAGCCUGAUGUCAGUUCCUUUCCCAAGAAGUCACUGCUAUCUGAGUUCAACGAGAACUUGAGGAAGCCCCCAUAUCCUCAGAGCAUCAGUUGCCCCAAGUCUCCACAGCAGACCAUGUCCUUUGAAGUCCCCCAGACAGCCCCCUGGAAGCCUGGGUCAUGUAACCCCCAAUCUCACUCCCCUCAGCCAGACCUUCAUGCAUUUCCCAAGAAACAUCCACAGCUCCAGCAAAGUAACCUUAGCAGGACAUCCUCUGAGCCCGAAGUUCGCAAGGUUCCCAAGAAGCCUCAGCAGCUAGACCACAACAUACUUUCGAAGAAGCCCCUCCAACCAGAACUGGGUCAUCUCCCUAGAACAUCCUCGGAACCUGAGUUCAGUUCGAUCCCCAGGAAGUUUUUGCAAGCUCAACGUGGCAAGUUCUUCCAGCCGGAGUUCCCCAAGGGUAUGCCUAGAAAGCCCAAACUCCCUGGUUCAGUAUCCGAGUGUUCCCUGCCCUCUGCCAUUGUGGGCUCCAGGCCCCAGUUCCCCCUCAGCCCUGGGCUUGGAAUGCCUGGGACAUCCCGCUGUAGAUCACAAGACUUCCAAGUCCGGCACCCACCUCGGCGGCCUCUACCCUCAGCCAGCAGCCUGGGCUCUCCCCCAGCUAAGCCUCCACUACCACCGGUCCCCAUCAAUAUCCAAAGCUUCCGGAGAGCCCCAGCCCCACACACAGCCUCUACUACUGGGACCCACUUCCAAGCCCAACAACUUCAACAUAUUGCGAAGAAUCCGGAGGAGAUCUAUGAGCUGUAUGAUGCUGUGGAGGCCACAGAAGACUCUAGUCCUAGCCCCAGAGGUACAGAUGAAGUGCAGCCUACCCAGCAAACCACCAGAUGGCCUCAGCAGGAUCCAGAGCUCAGGAAGAAUGCCACUCAGCCACAGCAGCUGCCAGCCCCUGACCCCAAGCUGCUGAAACAAAUCAGGAAGGCAGAGAAAGCUGAGAGAGAGUUUAGAAAGAAGUUCAAGUUUGAAGGUGAAAUCGUAAUUCACACAAAGAUGAUGAUUGACCCCAAUGCCAAGACGCGGCGUGGAGGUGGCAAGCACCUGGGCAUCCGGCGUGGAGAGAUUCUAGAAGUGAUCGAGUUCACCAGCAAGGAUGAGAUGCUGUGUCGGGAUCCCAAGGGCAAGUAUGGCUACGUACCCAGAACUGCACUGUUGCCCUUGGAAACGGAAGUAUAUGAUGACGUCAGCUUCUGGGACCCUCUGGAUACCCAACAAUUUUCUCAGGGACAGUAAGGCUGACAGGUGGGUUCCAGGACCAACAGCUUAGCAACGGCCGACUUAAGAGCCCUGGAUCCCAAGCCUGGCAAACAGACAGACGCCCAAGUGUAUGUGUCUACA